UCAAAAAUUCCAUCAUGGCCAAAACAACUCAUAUAGCAGUAUUCACAAUCCCCGUUUUUACCCACCAAGCCUCCAUCAUCGAGUUAUGCAAAAGACUCCAUCUCCAUCACCACUUCCAUAUCACAUGCAUCUUCCCCACCAUCAAUUCACCAAUUCUCUCCACCACCAUGUUACUCAAAUCUCUUCCUUCCACCGCCAUUAGCCACAUUUUUCUUCCUCCGGUGAACGAACAAGACCUACCCCAUCAAGACGUUUCCCCACAAACCAAAGUCCAACUCGCAGUGUCUCAAUCCAUGCAAUCUUUUCGCGACACUUUGGCUUCGCUUCGUGCAAGUUCAACCACGCCACCACUCGCUGCUUUGGUUGUUGAUGCUUUUGCAAAUGAAGCGCUAGAAAUAGCGAAGGAGUUCGACCUAGCGUCGUAUGUGUACAUCGUUACUUCUGCCAUGACGCUCUCGCUAUUGUUGCAUUUGCCAACGUUGCAUGAAGAAGUUGCAUGCGAAUACAAGGAUUGCGUAGAGGGUAUUCGAAUUCCGGGUUGCGUCUCUAUUCAAGGUCGUGAUCUCCCAGAUGAUUUUCAAGACCGAUCUAGCUUUGCUUAUGAGUUGAUUCUUCAGCGUAGCAAGAGGUUUGAUCUUGCUUGUGGGUUCUUAGUUAAUAGCUUCUGUGAAAUGGAGGAGAAUGUUGUGACAGCCUUUCAUGAAGAUGGUAAAGUGAAUGUUCCUAUUUACCUUGUUGGGCCAGUCAUUCAAACUGGGCCAAGUAGUGAGUCGAAUGGAAACUCAGAAUGUUUGAGCUGGUUAGAAAACCAAAUGCCUAACUCAGUUUUGUAUGUCUCCUUUGGAAGUGUAUGUGCUCUCACUCAACAACAGAUUAAUGAGCUUGCUUUGGGGUUAGAGUUGAGUGGUAAAAAAUUCUUAUGGGUAUUUAGAGCACCUAGUGAUGUUGAUGUUAAAAAUGAUGACCCUUUAAAGUUUUUGCCACAUGGGUUCUUGGAGAGGACCAAAGAGCAAGGGUUGGUUAUUACUUCUUGGGCACCUCAAACCCAAAUCCUUAGUCACACUUCCACUGGUGGAUUUGUGACCCAUUGUGGUUGGAAUUCAACAGUUGAGAGCAUUGUUGCUGGUGUGCCAAUGAUAACUUGGCCAUUGUGUGCUGAGCAAAGAAUGAAUGCUGCUUUGGUAACUGAGGGACUCAGAGUGGGGUUAAGGCCCAAAUUUAGAGAGAAUGAUGGCAUAGUGGAAAAAGAAGAAACUGCUAAGGUGGUUAAAAAUUUGUUGGGUGAUGAAGGAAAAGGGAUUCGCCAAAGAAUUGGAAAGCUCAAAGAUGCUGCUGCUGAUGCUUUGAAAGAACAUGGGCGCUCUACAAGCGCACUUUUCCAAUUUGUCACUCAAUUGGAAAACUGAAUUUCAAGAUAGCAGCCAUUCAAGUAGAUUGAUUGGCUUUCUUUAAUAGAAGUAGAAUAAAAAGCUAGGAAGCAUCAUCAAAAGAAAAAUAUUGGUUGAAUUGAAGUGGCAUAAUGUAAUGUUUUAAUUCUGUAUGAAUAAGUUGGAUAAAUAAAAAUGCAGUGAUGUGAUGGUCGAAAGAAUUUUAAAAGUUAAACUAAAUAAUAGAUGCACUUUUUUCUGGAACA